AUGGAGAAAUUCCUCAAGAGGAAACCGUUAGCUCCUACGUCAGGGAAAACCACCGAAAAACCAACGAGCAAUCAGAGCAAUCAUUCCAACGAGCGCGAAGAGUCUAAUGUGAAAAGUCGUCGUUCGGAAUCGAAUCUCUUGUGGACGAACGUCCGAGGUAACAUUGACGCUGUUAACGCUUUAUUUGAUGUGGCUAAAUUGUCGCAUUUGAAGGUUGGUGGUUUUGAAGGCUUCGUAAUCAAUACCACAUUCUGUUUGCUGCGAUUGAAAUGUCAUAGAUUCAGUCCAAGAAAUAUAUUGGGAGAUAUGUUGGGGAUAUGUUGUUUGAAAUUUGGUGUUUCACUGCAAAUUCGGUGA